GGUUGAGCGCGGGGCUGAGCCAGACCACGCCGCCUGCCCGCUGCCCGGAGCCCAGCAGCUCGCACCGGGGUGGUGAGCCCGCAGGCACCCACAGGCAGGCGCGUGUCGCCCCCAUCUCCCAAGGUGGCCCCGAAAGGCUGCUGGGCGGUGAUAGGGGCGGCCUCCAGCGGGGGCUCAGAGCAGCGCUCCGGGCCACCUCGGCUCCUUGCUCCCCGGGGCGCCUGUCUGCCCGCCGGGGCCCCUUUCCUGGGUGGGUGUGAGUGGGGAUCUGCUCGCCCCGCCCGGCCCCGCACCCCAGCGUGGGGGUGAGUGUAGGGGCGCAACUGCAGCCUUGCAAGUGACCGCACUGCUCCUGCCCUAGACCCAGCCCUGCUGCGCUCGGAGAAGGCAGGUUUGAUCCACCUCACAUUGCCAUAGGACACAAGGUGCUGACCCCAGGGACCUGCCAUGAAACCUCACUUGAAACAAUGGAGACAAGGAAUGCUGUGCGGAGUUUUUGCUUGGGGGCUCCUCUUUGUGGUGAUUUUCAUCUACUUCACUGAAAGCAACCCUGCUGAGCCUGUGCCCAGUUCCUUCUCCUUCCUGGAGACCAGGAGACUCUUGCCCAUAAUGGGAAAGCAGAGAGCCAUCAUGGGCGCCAUGCAGGCACCCUCCCUACCCGAAAGCCUGGACUCCAACAAGGGCUUGCUCAGUGGGUCCCGUCCUGGCCCCUUCCACACCGGGUGGAGUGAAUUACAGAAAUGGGCACAGGUGCCAGAUGGGUUCGAAAGUGAAGAAGAAUUCUUCUCCUCCCAGAUGAGGAGGAAAUCUCAAAGUGCUUUCUACCCAGAGGACGACAACUACUUGUUCGCUGCUGCUCAGCCCAGGUCUCUUGGCCACACGCAGGGAGCCUUAGGGCCCCUUUCCCCUAGGGGCCCAGGUCUUCAGGAGCAGAGACGGAGAGUGAAGAAAAAGCCUCCAAGAAUAGGAAGGAGCCCUGCGCUGGAGGAGGGCGAUGGUGAUGACCAGCUGUACCCUUCCAUGUCCAGGGCCUUCCUGCACCGGCUGUGGAAGGGGAACGUGUCCUCCAGAAUGCUGGCGCCCCGCCUGCAGAAGGCUAUGAGGGACUACCUCCGCGCCAACAAGCACGGUGUGCGCUUCCGGGGCCGGCGGGCAGUGGCGCGCAGCCGGGCCGAGCUCCUAUGCCAGCUGCGGGCCCGCGUGCAACUGCGCACCCUGGAUGGCACCGAGCUGCCCUUCUCCGCCCUUGGCUGGCGCAGGCUGGUCCCCAGGGCGCCUCUCAGCCAGCUGCCCCUGCAGAGCCUCCGCAGCUGCGCUGUGGUCAUGUCCGCAGGUGCUAUCCUCAACUCCUCCCUAGGGGAGGAGAUUGAUUCUCAUGAUGCAGUUUUGAGGUUCAACUCAGCUCCUACACGAGGCUAUGAGAGAGAUGUUGGCAGCAAGACCACCCUGCGGAUCAUUAAUUCCCAGAUUCUGACCAACCCCAACCAUCACUUCAUUGACAGUUCAUUGUAUAAAGAUGUUAUUUUGGUGGCCUGGGACCCUGCUCCUUAUUCCGCAAAUCUUAAUCUCUGGUACAAGAAACCAGACUACAACCUUUUCACUCCAUAUGUCCAGCAUCGUCAGAGAUACCCAAAUCAACCAUUUUACAUUCUCCAUCCUAAAUUUAUAUGGCAGCUUUGGGACAUUAUCCAGGAGAACACAAAGGAGAAGAUUCAGCCCAACCCACCAUCUUCUGGCUUCAUUGGAAUCCUCCUCAUGAUGUCCCUGUGUGGAGAGGUGCAUGUGUAUGAGUAUCUCCCAUCGGUGAGGCAGACAGAACGAUGCCACUACCACGAGCUGUACUAUGACGCUGCCUGCACGCUGGGCGCCUACCACCCGCUGCUCUAUGAGAAACUUCUGGUGCAACGCCUCAACACUGGUACCCCAGGGGACCUGCACCACAAGGGGAAGGUGGUCCUCCCUGGACUGCGGAUGGUGCACUGCCCUUCACCUGACCCCACUGACCCCCAGUCUUGAAGAGGGACUCUGAGGGGUUCUUGUGCAAUAAGAACAAUCACUGGGACUCCAUGCCUGCACAGUUCCACCACUCCUGCUGGUCAUUCUUCUGUGUUGUUUUCCACAUAACAGUUAAACCCCCACCAGGUCCUCCUCUAAAAGUGGGCAUCUUCCGGAGAUAAGUGGCAAUGUACCUAGUAGAGCACACACAUGACCAGGUUCAAGCCCCUGGUCCCCACCUACAAGAGGAAAUUUUUCCCAAGCAGUGGAUCAGUGUUGCAUGUUUCUCUCUGCCUCUCCCUACCACUACCCCCCACCCCCCAGUCAAAGAAAAAGGAAAAAAAGAAUGGCCAUUGGCAGAGGUGAAGUCAUGAGAAUGGCCACUGGGAGAGGUGAAGUUAUGUAGGAACUGUGCUCCAGCAAUAACCCUGGUGGCAAAACAAAAAUGCCUCUGCUUGGCUGAUCUGUGCUAUAAGAGUAAGCAAGAGAAACAGGCCUCUCCUGUGAUUUAUAACUGUGAGAUAAGAGUGACUGCAAUGUUUUAAUCAUGAGAUUUCCACUCAAUUUCCAUAUUGAGAGCUUUCCUUCUACAUUCAUGAAGGAGGAGUAAUUUUGCCUUCCAAUGCCACUUACCUCUGAGAAGACAUUCAAACUACUUCUCUCUCAUCCCUCUAAAAGCUUACUUUGUCCCUGUGUACAGUGAGCACUGAGCUCAGGUACUGACGAGGAAAGUUACCUUCUACAGGUCUUGGUUCUGCUUUGACUUGCCAGACUCUGCCUUCAAAGGUCCCUUCACAGUCUUCCCAGUGUGGGCUUUCCUCACUGACACAUUUCUUAUUCAGGACAACCCUUUGGGGGGAUUUGAGGACUUAGAGGAAAACCUGUUGGUUCAUUGUCAAUAUCCAAGUUCAAAGAGACUAGAAAACACUUUGAAAAAAAAAAACUUUUAAACAGUGCUUUAUGAUGACAUUUUUUCUUUUCUAUCCCAUUCUUUCUUUCAUUGUUUUUACAAUUCUUUUUGCCUCCAGGGUUAUUUCUGGGGCUUGGUGCCUGUGCAAUAAAUCCUCUACUCCCAGAGGCCAUUUUUCCCAUUUUUGUUGCCCUUGUUGUUGUUUUUGUUGUUAUCGUUGUUAUAGCUGUUGUUGUUGGACAAGACAGAGAAAUCGAGAAAGGAGGGGAAGACAGAGAGAGGGAGAGAUAGACACCUGCAGACCUGCUUCACUACUUGUGAAGUAACCCCCCCACCCCUGCAGGUGGGGAGCCAGGGGCUUAAACCAGAAUCUUACUCAGUCCUCGCACUUUGCACCAUGUAUGCUUAACUCAUUGCGCUACCACCCAGCCCCCUCUUUCUUUUUUUUUUUUUUUUACCAGAGUUUCACUUAGUUCUGGCCUAUGGUGGUGCUGGGGGUUAAACCUGGGACUUUAGAGCCUCAGACAUGAAGAUCUUUUUGCAGAAUCAUUAUGCUGUCUCCCCCAGUCCAGCGACAUACUUCUUAAAUGUGCUUCCAGUCUCUCUGGGUUUAUGAGGAGGAUUUUUAGGACAGCAAAGAAAUGAUUCAGAAAUUUGAAUUUCUUCUAGGCCUUAAAAACCCUAGGGUCUCAGGGUCUGUUAAACAUUCAGAAAAUGUGGUACAAGCAUUAGUAUGUGUGGGCUGUGGGUUUUUUUUAUUUAAAAGUUUCAAUGGUUUAGCCUCUCAAGAAACCUUAUUAAGUUCUAAUAUUAGCCAUAUUGAUCCUAAGAGGCCAGACACUGGGUAACUCCUUACAUGCCACAUUUAUAGCACUGCAAUAAGCACAAUACUUAGCAUAUAGUAAACACAAAGUGCCCUCCUGCUUCUCCCACCCCACCUUAUGAAAAGAGACUAAUAAAAUCCUCACCUGAAACCAGUAGGUGACUCUUCUUACUUUACAAGUAGCAGUGCUGUUCCCCACCUGCAGGGGAGUCAUUUGCAGGUCUGCAGGUGUCUCUCUUUCUCUCUCCCCUAUAUCCCCUCCUCUCUCAAUUUCUCUCUGUCCUGUCCAAUAAAAUGGGGGGAAAAUGUCUGCUGGGAGCAGUGGGUUCAUAGUGCCAACACUGAUCCCCAGCCACAACCCUGGAGACAAAAAAAAAAAAAAAUUCUUUGUCCAAUCACAAAAAAAAAAAAAGAAAAA